AUGAAACUUCUUUUAAUUGCUCUGAUACUUAUUCCACUAACUUCUUUGGCUUCCACAUGCACGACGACGGAUCAAAUUCGAUUUCUUCAAUGCAAAGGGAGCAUUGUGAAAAUUCAGGAUACGCUGAAGAAGUAUGCACCAUAUACGGCCACUCCAGUUCCACAGUCUGUAUUCAAGAUGAUCUCAAAACUGUGUGAUCAAGCAUUGACAUGUGUUGAACAAAUCGAGUGUGCCGAAGCUAAACGAGGCGUGUCCAUGAUGGACUUCGCAUGUGAAGGAAUCCAAAUGAGCUCUGGACCAUUCGGUGAUUGUAUGGCAAAGCUGCAGACUAGCCCACCAGACGCCUACAAGUACUCGUGUGCUCCAAUUUUUGCUAAAGACGCUCUCGACACAAUUUCAAAAGGAUGUCAAAUGUUCACAAAUGACGUGGAGUGUGUGAAGAGUGUGGCCCUAGAGUACUGUGGAGUAGAAGCGGUUGUAGCGUUCAACAAGGGAACUCCGUAUAUGAAGAACUUGUUGAAGUGUUGA